CCCGAUUGCACAGUAAACAAGUCAAUGUAAACCAAAUAGGUCUUGGUCCCUUACCAGAUCAGGAUGCCAAAAAUGUUCAGCGCCAAGAUAAUGAAAGUCAAAGUCAGAAUGACAGAAAUCAAAAUGUUCCGAGUCAAGAUAAUGAAAAUCAAAGUCAAAAUCAGAAUGACCUAAAUGUUCCGAGUCAAGUUGAUGGAAAUGUCAGUCAAGACUACGGAAAUCAACUUGAUAGUCCCAUUCAAUUGGAAUUUCCCAGUGCGUUGCCUAGUCAAAAUCAAGAGGAAUACAUCCAACUUAAACUUCCUAGUGCUAAUAAUUCAGAUUCAGAAGGUGAUAGGGGUAGUGAAGAUGGUCGGGAUAAGCCAAUUACGGACUUUUAUACAAAAUCAAAUGUAAGUAGUAGACAUCAUAGGGGUUUGAGGACUGACGAUCUUUCAAAAAUUGCGAUUUUCACAAAUUUGCCAAGAAUUCUCGCUCGAUGAUUUCCAUUGAAAACUUAGACAAUCUCUGUCUUUCGCGCUCCAUAGUUUUGGGGAUCGAGUGGCGGAAAAUCACUGCCAUUAAUCAAAAAGAUAGGACACGUGACCAGAC